UAGAAAGUAAAUAUUUUUUUAAAAAAAAGACAAGGACAUGUAUAUUGUGUACAUACAUGAACAAGACAGAUAGACAUUUAUAUUACACACACUCCUCUCUCUUUUUAUGUUCUGUGUUUCCUUGUUUUUCUUCUUAGCUAAAAAAAAGUUGAGAGCUUUACAAUUUUUCCCACUUAUUUUUUUCAAGAAAAUUUGUGGGUUUUUCUUCUUUAGCUAUAAAAUUUGUGGGUUUUAUUCCAUUUUUGUUAAAAUUAAGAUGGCAAGAAACGGCGUGUUUUCACGGCGGCGAAGGGCGGAGAGAGUGGAGGAGUUUGAAGAGUUGUUGCCGUUAACGGAGUCAACUAACGAAGUUCAUGUUCUUGCUGUUGAUGAUAGUCUUGUGGACAGAAUAGUAAUUGAAAGACUCCUCAAAAUUACCUCUUGCAAAGUGACUACAGUGGAUAGUGGGAUGAGAGCUUUGAAAUAUCUUGGAUUGGAUGAAGAACAGAGCUCUGUUAGAAUUGAUGGUUUGAAGGUGGAUAUGAUAAUUACAGAUUAUUGUAUGCCUGGAAUGACUGGCUAUGAUUUGCUCAAAAAGAUUAAGGGUUCAUCUUUUAGGGAAAUUCCAGUUGUGAUCAUGUCUUCUGAAAAUGUUUUGACUAGAAUUGACAGAUGUCUGGAAGAAGGUGCUGAAGAUUUCCUAUUGAAGCCAGUGAAAUUGUCGGAUGUAAAACGUUUGAAGAGUUACAUGUUCAACGAGGAUCGAUUUAGGGAAGAAGAAAAAGGAAUGAACAAGAGAAAGUUGCCUGAAACAUCGUCCGAUGAGUCAUCAACCCCGACUCUCUCCCCUUCACCAUCAUUGUCACCUUCACCAUCUCCGUCGCCAUCACCAUCACUUGACCUCUCAUCAACCCCUUCACCGCCUUCCACUUCCUCUCCUUCAUCUCCCAAAGCACUUUCGUCGUCCCUCUCUAUUGAUUCAUCGACACAUUCCACUGAUUCGUCCAUGCCCUCUUCGCCAACAUCACCAACAAGACGACUCAAAAUGAGCAGCCAAGAUUUGUGACGGUAUACAAUAUAUGUACUUUCCUUUCUUUUUUGCUACUUGUGGGGUUCGCGACGCCUCCUCCGUCGUUGGGGCACGCUGUGUAGAUAAGCCAAUUGCCCCUUACUAGUGAGGUUUUUUGUUGGCUUGUCACUUUUGGGACACAUAUCAAUGAUAUUGUUUAAUCACACGAGGUUUACAAAAGAAUGUUCAAAUGACUAAGGAAAAGUUGAUUUAGACACUAUUGAAUCAACAUUUUCUGGUGUUGGUGAAUUUAAUCUCUUACCUAUUUUACUUUUAAUGUAUUUGGCAGUAGUAUUAAUGUAUCCAAUUCAAUGACAGAUUCAGAAAUGGUUGGAAUUGAAUAAUGGGAUAUGGAUUGAUAUGAUUCUGAUACGAACUUUAUUAAAUGUCAAUUCUUGUCUGCUAAAAGGAAUAUUGGAUUCUGAGUUGAA